UACCAAGAGUUUUUCGGGUCAAGAACCUUCACACAAGACGGCACCUUUGAUCCGCUCGACCGUGCAUUUGAUGAGGCUAUUCACAGUCGCCACCGAACCCAAAGAAAGCUUGGCCGUAGGAACAGAGUCGACCAGAACCGGGCCCACCGGGUUAGUGGGCCCGUCAGGAAGUAUAGCAAAGCCCGACGGCAAAAGGGCCACGUAAUCCGGGUCUCCACCACUCAAGACAACAUUCAUAGCCACGAUAUCAACUGGAGCAUAAAUGACAUACGAACCGGUCGAGUCCGUGCUGCUCUCUUGCAAUAUCAGCAUAUUGCUCUGACUCGACAAAGAGACGGAGUUCCCCGGAUCACGUCCGUUGGCAAUGUGUGCCAUUUCUUGAACAAGGCCGCCUGCUCGUCCCUAAGGAAGUCGAACACCCUCUUAGGUGGGACCGGAAGCCAGAACGAGGUUGCAGCACUUAGCACAAUCCCGGGUGGCCUGCCUGGAUCUCAUCACCCGAACAUCGUCCGCACCACUCCCGGAAAGUGUCGUCCACGUGUGAGCUGUCGAUGCCCCAACGCCCGUGCAGAAGCUCAUCACCAUCCUCUCCGCCAGCUUCAGCAUGCUCUUCCUACCCUCCGGGGACGAUAUAACUGCACAAUUUCGACGCUCGCGAGUCGUUCGCAUUGCCGGUCGAGAGUGGAAACCCAUCGGCGGGCCCCAAAGGCUAGGCCCGAGUUGACCAGCGCUUUGUAUAUGGUGUGCACGGCUCGAUCGUCUAUUUCCACGUGCUCCACCCACGUGACCUGGCCCAUCGACAAUAUAUAUAUGAAGCUCUUGAAUGAGACAACCGGAAGGCCGACGGCGACAUCUGGAUACAGAGUUGGGUCGGAGAUUCUC